UGGCUGCAGCGAGCAGUGCCUUUUCUCCAGCCCAGUGCCGUGGUGGUCACUGGCGCAGGACGUGCCUGGCUGCACAUGACAAGGAGACGUUCUGGCACCUCCGGUACGGGCUGCAUCCCCACCGCCCUUUCCUGUAUCCUGCUGGAGCUGGGAAGCACAGGGCUGGGAGAGCUGCAGCCCCGAGCCCAGCAGCGUAGGGACCGCCCAGCACUGUGCUCCCCAGCUGCCUGCACAGGGGAAGCAAGAACUGGCGUUGGGGCCCCGUCCCAGCCCUGCGUGGCUGCCAGACCCUUCGCCACUGGUGAGGAGGGGGGAUGUGGGCAGAUAGAGCCUGGCAUGUGUCCAGCCCCUCUGCAGGCACCUGCACUGCCCAAACUGCAGUGUUUGCCCUCACCCUGCCAAGGACUGGGUGAGCCCUCUCACUCCCAGGGGAGAAACGCUCCAGCCCUGCUUCCCAGAAACUGCACAGGGCUGCCAACUGCAAAUCUAUCCACAUCCACCCAGCCCCGCAGGCUGCUUGCAGCUGGGACAGGCGGUGCCAGGUGGGACGCAGGGAGCCGCAUGGGGCACAGCAUGGAGGGAGGGACAUGGGAGCCGGGUGGGACAUGGGGUGCUGGGCAGGGGCUGAGCGGUGUGGCACCCCCGAGCUGGGAUGAUUUGCAGGGUGCCCGGGUGCUGGGCGAGCACAGCCUGGUGGUGUUGCUGUCGAAUGCUGCCCUGCUCCCUUCCCUGCCGCCUCUGGGGUUGUGUGCUGGUAAAGGCUGGUGCCCCCGAGCAGUGCCUCCCAGACAGGGCAGUGGUGCAUCUGGGAUGUCCCCUGUGCCAGGACCUGGGGUGCCUGCCCUGUGCCGGGCUCCGGCCCUGUGCUGGGCACACGAUGUCCGUUCCGGGACCCCCUCUGCCCGCCCCCCAGCCAGCAGCCCAGGGGUUAAGGUGACGAGCAGCGGUUCAGGUUACUUCCCCUGGAGUUCGGGGAGGAAACUUUCCUCCCGCUGCCGCCCGAGUUAACGGAGCAGCGGCAGCGGGGCGGUGAGCAGCGGUCGGCGCACCGACGGGAGUCCCGGCGGCCGCGUUUCGCCGCGGCUGAGCGCGGGGCGGGCAGUGUGUACGGUGGAGCCGUGCGGGGCAGGGGAUGUGCAGGGAAGUGGUGCUGCUCCUCAGGCUCAGAGAUAUGCAUCUGGGAGCUGCUGGGCACAGGUCACAGUGUUGGGCACAGCGGGGAGCUGCAGUGCCUUGAGGACACCGCUCAGCCCCUGCCCUGCUUUGCACUCUGUUCCUGUACCUCUGCCAGCCGUACCAGCCCGGGUCACACCGCUGGAGGUAUCAGUCCUUGGGAAAACGAGUUUCUAUUCCCAUUGUGAGGUGCACACAAUGUUUUCUCUUCCCCACCUUGCCCUGCAUGGGGACUUUGCUCCUUUGUCUUUGGCUGUGCCCAUUGGAGCCCUGGGCAGAGCUCAGGGGGAUCGGCCCAGCGAGGUUGGGGCUGCUCUCUCUCCCAUGCAGGCAGGUGCACGAGGAAGGUGUGUCCUGGUCACGAGCCACUCGCAGUGCGCCUGGCCCGGUGCCUUUGCUCAGCUCCCAGCUGGGAGGCGCAGGAGAAACUGAGCCCCCAGACCCACCAGCAUUCUCCCAGCUGUGUGCUGUGCGGGUUGGGAUCCCCAGCUCAGGGGCACAUGGGGAGCUGCUGGGCACGGUAUGGCCAGCCUGUGCGGGGUAUGUGAGUGCUGGAGUUCGAACUCCCAGCGCACACCUGUUAAUGCAGCCCUGGGCUUUGAGAGGCAGGGGAGUUCCUCCCUGGCUCUGAGGACCCCCAGCUGCGAUGCCGUGCUCUCCCUGCCUGCACAGGGGGCCCUGGCUGUGCCCUUGCUGAGGGUCAGCACCCGCCCUGCUGCACCGCUUUCCCUAUGGUGAGGUGGGGAUGCGGCUGCUGGCUGUGACCCCUCUCUGUCCCUCCUUUUGCAGGGCCACACCGCUGCCCUGGAGGGAUGCCGGGAGCCCUGGCCCGGAGCCAUGCCCGCUCCUGUGCCCAUCCCUGGAGGUGCAGCCCUGAGCUCCCGCAGUGCCCCAG